CUGGCCCAUUCGCGUUCAUCCAUCCAUCCCCAUUUCACCUCGCCUCCAUUGACACCUCAGCAUCCAUUCCUUCGCUUCGUCAAAAUGUCCGACCAGGUGCAAGAGCUCCUCAACGUCCCUCGGGAGUUCCUCAGGGAUGGCGUGCAGUUUGUCCACCGCAGUCAGAAGCCCGACAAGCGCGAGUUCAUCAAGAUCAGCCAGGCUGUCGGUACUGGCUUCCUGAUCAUGGGAUUCAUCGGUUACAUUGUCAAGCUGAUCCACAUCCCCGUUAACAACGUCCUCGUCGGUGGCGCGUAAACGAACACUCCAUCAUCCAUUCUAUCCGGUGUCAAGCGAAGAAAGAAUCAUAAGGUCAUCAUAUCCUUAUUGGCGAAUCGCGAGCUAGGGUGCGCAUGCGGAUGCGAUCUUCAAACGAGCGUGUAACAUUAUACCCGCUUGAUGGAUGAGCAGACUGCCGAUGCAGUCUCGCUCGACGCGGAGACCAGUCAUUGGAAACUGGCAUAUGUGCAUAAUUAGUCUGGGCAGGCGUUUAGGGUGUGCUGUUAAUAUAUCCAUUGAAUUAUGGCAAGCUGCUAUUAAACCACAGAAAUCCUAACCUAUAAUGAAUCUAU